GCGGACGCGCUUCGAGGGACCGCGGCGUGGGCUGGCGAGAUUACGGAAGCUGCAGCAGUUCAAACGAUUCCCAUUACCCUUCAAACACAUUUCCCAGGUGUUAACUCGAGCGUGAGUUUUGAAGCUUGGGGACCUGCGUCUCUAUUCUCUCAAAACGAUUCGCGUGGCGGUGCCGACGGUGGGUGAAGGUCCGGGAGGCCGACGUGUAGAAUGGCCGGGAAGAGGCCGUCGGGCCUGGGCAGGCGGCGCCGGCUCCUGGGGCUGCUGGUGGUGGUAGCCGCCGUCCACCUGGCUGCCUGCCCCUACACCAAAGUGGAGGAAAGCUUCAACCUGCAGGCCGCGCACGACCUGCUCUACCACCGGCUGGAUGUGGAGAAGUUUGACCACCUCGAGUUCCCUGGCGUGGUCCCCAGGACGUUCCUCGGGCCGCUGGUGAUCGCGGCACUCUCCAGCCCCGCCGUUUAUGUGCUUUCGCUCUUGGAAACGUCCAAGUUCUAUUCUCAGCUAGUAGUCAGGGCCGUCCUUGGACUCUGCGUGAUCUUUGGACUCUGGACUUUACAAAAAGAAGUGAGGCGGCAGUUUGGGGCCAUGGUGGCCACCCUGUUCUGCUGCGUGACGGCCUCGCAGUUCCACCUGAUGUUCUACUGCACGCGGACACUCCCCAACGUACUGGCCCUGCCUGUGGUCCUGCCAGCCCUCGCAGCCUGGCUGCAGCAGAGGUGGACGCGCUUCGUCCGGCUCUCGGCCUUCGCCAUCCUGGUCCUCAGAGCCGAGCUGAGCCUGCUCCUGGGCCUGGCACUGCUGCUGCCGCUCUGCCUGCGGAAGGUCUCAGUGGCCUGGGCCCUGCGCUGCGCCGUGCCGGCUGGGAUCCUCUGCUUAGGACUGACGGUGGCCGUGGACUCCUAUUUUUGGCGCUACCUUGUGUGGCCAGAAGGAAGGGUGCUCUGGUACAACACCGUCCUGAACAAAAGUUCCAACUGGGGCACCUCGCCGCUGCUCUGGUACUUCUAUUCGGCCCUGCCGCGCGGCCUGGGCUGCAGCCUGCUCUUCGUGCCCCUGGGCGCCGUGGACAGAAGGACCCUGGCGCUGCUCCUGCCGGCGCUGGGCUUCGUGGCUCUGUACUCGCUUCUCCCGCACAAGGAGCUGCGCUUCAUCAUCUAUGCCUUCCCCAUGCUCAAUAUCGUGGCCGCCAGGGGCUGCGCCCGUGUGCUGAAUAAUUAUAAGAAGUCCUGGCUGUGUAAAGUGGGGUCCCUCCUCGUGAUAGGACACCUCGUGGUGAACGCCACAUACUCGGCCACAGGCUUGUACGUGUCCCACUUCAACUACCCUGGCGGCGUGGCGAUGCAGAGGCUGCACGAGCUGGUACCCUCCCGCACAGAUGUCGUUGUGCACAUCGAUGUGGCCGCUGCCCAGACAGGUGUGUCCCGGUUUUUGGAAGUCAACAGUGCCUGGAGGUACGAGAAGAGAGAGGACGUGCAGCCCGGCUCCGAGCGCAUGCUGGCCUACACGCACCUCCUCGUGGAGGCCACCCCCGCGCAGCUGGCCCCCUACCGGGACACGCACCGGGUGCUGGCCAGCAUCCCAGGCACAACCGGGCUGAGCCUGAACCUGAGCCGGCUGCCCCCCUUUGACGUGAACCUGCAGACCAAGCUGGUGCUUCUGGAGAGACUUCUCGGGCCUUCCUGA